AUGGAUACGACAUCAUCAUGCCACGGUGCCGUUCUGCUGCAUUCUGUGAAAGUGGUGAAGGCGCUACAACUGUACGUCUGCUGCCCAGCCACAAACCUGUCGGUUUCUAUCCAAGACAGUGGAGAGGUGGAGGAGGUAUCGCGUGUUUACCUCCUUGUCAUCUUCAUUCAGAAACCGGGACUGGGGCAGUUGCCGAAGGUGGAGGUCAUUUUCAACCCUUUUAUUGGGGAUCGUCACAAAUUCCCCCAUCUGUUGCAUUUGCCCCCAUCUUCCAUCACGUUGAGAUUUAUCCUUUGGGGCGGCUGCUAUUUAGGAUCCGGUCCGCUUCCUACUGCCACCAACGUAGGCCCCCGAGUCCUUCCUAGGGGCGAGAGAGGUCACAAUAAUAGGGUGGAAAAUGUACUGGCAAUAUACGGAAGGUCUGAGGAGGCUUCUGGCAUGUCUCGGAGGCCGUCGUCCAGUGAAAGUACAAAGGGCGCAGCUGCUAUUCCGCCUUCUGAAUACUUUCAAGCCGCCGCGCCCCCUCCAUUUCAGAUGUUGGAGAGCCGAGAGACAGCCGAACAGGUGCUUCUCUCCUCUCUUCGCAAGUUGGAUAAGGGAAAGCGGUCACGAACUGGACUGGAGUUGAAACGAGGCCUGUUAAUUGCAUUCACGUUAUUCAAGGCACGACAAAUUCUUUGGCAAUAUCCAACACCACUACCACCACCGCAAAUGCCACCUACUCAGCUUCCUUUCGCUUCACACGCCUCUCAAGAGGAGAUAUACUUGGCUUCAGAGGAAUAUUCUCCCCUAUCCGGUGAUCCGUCUAUGCUUUCUACGCUUGAAGGCGUGGGUAAGGAUUUUAACUCCGACAUCUGGCAACCUUCUAACAACGUAACGGCUGAUAUUGGUGAUGAAGAGGAGGAGGGAGAAGGAGAGGAUGACUCCGAUUCUGACGACAUUGACAUCGACGAAGAGGACCCCUUUGACGACUUCGGCUCCCAUGAACCAAUAUUCCCACCUCCUUUUCCACUUAUCUUUCCCGAAGAACAGAUUCCAAUCUCCUCGCCUUCGGUUGUACAUACUUCUAGUGGACUAACUAACCUGACGACGGUUGUGCCGGGUAGUGAAGCCCACAGAAAUUUCGAUCAGAACCAUCCCACAGCCUCGACACACCUCUCCAAUCCCCUUGUCGCUCCCUCGAAUGCCUCGAGAAAGCGAUCUUCAACCGGUUUAGAUUAUCCAGAAAAUAUACACAUCUCCCCCCUGAAACGACUCACUCCUACCCCGUUUUAA